AUGGAAGAGCAAUUGAGCCCAGACGAACUUCUCAGAGCAUGCGAGAAGCAUCAAUAUACAAGCGAGAUCAUAUCUCUCGACCCGCUAGUGUUAUACAUCAACAAUUUCACGUCUUCUCAGGAAGCCGAGGAGCUCAUCAUUCUAGGCUCCAACGAGUUUGCAGAAUCCUUCAUAUCCCGCUCGCGCGGCGCCAACACCCAAGUUACAGGCCGAACCUCGCAAUCCGCCCCGUUGCCUAUGGACAAUCCACUUGUUGAGUGUAUACUGGGCCGCGCGCGCACCUUCAUGGGCAGCAUGAUGCUCCCGCACGAACCGUUUUCCGUCCCGCAACUGGUGCGCUACUUCCCUUCCCAAAAGUACGACCUACACACGGACUUUUGGCCCGAGCACCAGAUCAUGAACGAUGGCUCGGAUCGACUAUUCAAUCGCGUCGCUUCGUUCUUCGUAUUUCUGCGUGAUAACUGUACUGAAGGUUACACUUACUUCCCGCUCGUGGAACCGUCGCACUCUGACCCUCACGCUGCUCGUGACUUGGAGAAGCUGUACGGCGGGAAAGUGGCGAGGGGCGAGAUGGGUGGAGUGGAAAAGGGGGUGAAGUUCAAGCCUAUACAGGGUAACGCGGUGUUUUGGGUUAAUCUUGAUGAGCAGGGGAAUGGGGAUCGGCGAUUAGUUCAUGCCGGUUUGCCUGUUGGGCAAGGAGAGAAGAUUGGGUUGAACUUGUGGCCGAGGAAGUUUUAUGGGACUUCAGGUGAGCUGAAACAGGAGCGGCCGAAGAAGGAGAGGAAGGCGUGGAGUGGGAAGUGGAAAGAAUAGAUUAUGUCAGAGAGUAGGUUUGGGGUGUCUAGGUUGUGACACUGGCUUGGAUUAUGUGGUCAGAACGGACGCCCUUUUAUCUAGUAUCUAUGCAAACGAAACUCAC